UUGUCACAACUUAGUAAUUCUCACAUCGAGUCCGAGAAGCAUUCCUAGCUAGAAGAAGGAAAUCACUUUUCACUUUCGGGCUAUUUGCUUUCUUAGGGCAUCUCUAACAAUAUGGCCAAAUCCACUUUCUUUGUCUGCCUUAACCUUUCAUUACUCUUCUCUCUAGUCACAGCCACUUACUACUCAAGUUUAACCCCAACACUUUUGGGUUUUCGCGAGGAGAAGUUCACCCACCUCCACUUCUUCUUCCAUGAUGUCGUGUCGGGCCCAAAGCCCAGCAUGGUGUUUAUCGCCGAGCCCAACGGGAAAGCGAAGGAUGCCCUUCCGUUCGGAACCGUUGUGGCGAUGGACGACCCUUUAACCGUGGGCCCCGAACAGGACUCAAAACUUGUGGGAAAAGCCCAAGGGAUUUACACUUCGAUAUCACAGGAAGAGAUGGGACUAAUGAUGGUGAUGACGAUGGCAUUCACCAAUGGAGAUUUCAACGGCAGCACCAUCAGCGUGUUGGGGAGGAACAUGAUCAUGAGUGAACCUGUUAGGGAAAUGGCUAUUGUUGGUGGCACUGGAGCUUUUAGGUUUGCACGUGGCUACGCUCAAGCCAGGUUUUACUCUGUUGAUUUCACCAAAGGAGAUGCUAUCGUGGAAUACGAUGUAUUCGUGAACCAUUAUUGAGUCCUACGUAUUAGUUUUUAUUGGUUUAUAAUAAAAGAACAAAAGAUAGAAUUAUUGUAGAACAAAAAGAAUGAGUAAUUAACCAGUAGUAGUUUUGGUCCAAGGGUGAUAGAUGCUUAGAAGUCCACCACACACCUUUGCAUAAGACUUGAAUUUCUUUGAGUCUUUGUAGUAAGCUCCUAAUGUCAUUUUCAUGACAUUAUUGUUAGUCCCGCCUCCUGAUCGAUGUUACCUUCUUAUCUUUUUCGUUGUGAAGAGUAAUGAUAUACUGGAUCUCCUUAAUACAGAGAUUUAUAUUCUUGAAAA